ACUCGUACUUUUAACUCAGUCUGGCCGCGGCGUUGACACGCGUCUCACGUGAAAUCCGAUCGUUACCUUAAAAUAAUUUUUCUUUUAUCCCAAUCAGCAUUCGUAAGGUGUUGUUCAAAAUGAAAUAUUUCGUUGCAUUUGCCGUUUUCGCUCUGGCUUUCGCCGCUGAGGAGCAAAAGGAGGAUGAAAGGCCAAAGACUUACAAGAGGCUGAUCCCCGCUGAUGUUUUAAGAGACUUCCCCGGCAUGUGCUUCGCUUCAACGCGUUGCGCGACCGUCGAGCCUGGCAACACCUGGGAUCUGGCCCCCUUCUGUGGCCGCAGUACCUGCGUCGUCAGCGAGGAUCAGCCACCCAGGCUCUUGGAGCUCGUUGAGGACUGUGGACCCCUGCCUCUGGCUAACCCCAAGUGCAAGUUGGACACCGACAAGACCAACAAGACCGCGCCCUUCCCCGGUUGCUGUCCCAUCUUCACUUGCGAGGAUGGCGUGAAGUUGGAGUACCCUGAGCUCCCCACCCCUCCCCCAGAAGCUGAGAAGAAAGAAGAAGAGAAGAAGGCUUAAGAAGUCAACAGAAGUCAGGGCAUUUUACACCUACAAACAACACUAAAGUCUGCUACCACAAUGCAAACGUGAUUGGUCGGAUAUCACGCGAUAACUCAAGCGCUGGAUUCUCAUUGGUUGCCUGUUUCAAUAGUGAUGGGAAAGUAAAAUGCCCGGUAAUACGUUUUUUUUUUAAAAAACGUAUGGAAAAUUGGUCUCAAAAAAAUAUUCCUUUUAAUAUACCAAAUUUAAAAAUGUUCUGUUUGACUGGAAUAAGUUUUGACCACGAUAUUUUUAAUCUUUUUGUAAUUUUUGCUACUUUUUAUCUUGCCUUGACGGUUAAAAAUCUGACGUAAAAACGAUUUUUAUCAGUUAAACAGUCGUGCGGAACAUAUUUUCGUGGUUAGUAAGCACAGUUUUGGAUGGCCGAGUUAGGAAUGAGUUCAAAAGUAUUCUUUUAUUUCCUGCUCUUUAUUACCUUUACAAAUAAAUCUGAUAACGGAUGGUUUAGUCAUCGCCGACAAUGGAAAGUGUGUUCACACUGAAAUCAUGGCUCAUGAUUGUGAUUUGCGCAGCUGGGGAAAUUUACAAAGAAUAAAAAAUAAAAUUGAACAAAAAAAAAAAAAUUUCAUAACAUAAAAAACGAAAAAUAAAAUACGACAUAAAAAUAAAUCAAAAAAUAAAUUUAUAUGACAUAAUUGUUUUUUUUUUGUAAAUUUUCCCAAAUGCGUGUUUUGUUUUUUUUAGAAGUUUAUCAUCGGCUUUUUUUACUUGAAUACCUACCCUAAUAUUAUAAUGUUUUGUGAUAUUGAUAACAUAAAAUAUAAAUAGAAAAGUUAUUCAAUAAAAAAUACAAAAUUUCUA